UCUUCCGCUAAGGCCUAUACUUAUGCCCUAUAACUAUGAUCCCUUUCACAGCUGUUCUUGUCAAAUUUGAACUUUAUCGCCUUGUAUAAGUCUGCUAGCAACACGAUAACUUAUACCACCCACGUUAACAGUCACGAAACACAAGACUUGCCAUAUAAAUGUGUAGAGUAUAUAAAAUACGGGUGAAAUUGCAACAGUAAAAUACAUCCAAAUAUAGACGAAGCCGAGGCAGUGGGUACGGCACACAGUGCGCAGUGCGUCUACCUCCCCGCCACAUGGAAUGAACCCUCCCACUCGGCCCGGGAAAAGGGGCUAAUAUAAAACUUGUAUCGCCGGGAUGGAAGAGAUCUGUUAAGUUGAGGGGCCUUGGAAACGCUGGUUGAGUGCCGAUCGUAUAGAGAAUGGAGAACUUCAGCUCUCAUUCUCUUCGUGUUUCGGGGAUUACGUUGAGCUGUGGAUAGCUCUUGGGCCACAUACCUGUUAUUUACGUAUAUAUGUAUAUAGAUACGUGUAUAUACAUUUCUAUUAUACGUGCAUGCUGGAGGAGUCCGUUUGUGUCAGAAACGCUGAAUGUCUGUGAUGGCUGGUAUCUGUGGCUGCAUGUCAGUGUAGCAGGCAGUUCGAUAUUGCCACACGGAUAUAUGUUAUAAUCGUUUAGAAUUCCAAGGACUUUGAUAACAGCUGAUAAACUUCAACCUGGGAGAGGUGUUGUUGUUUCUAAGAUUCUGUUCCACUGUGCGGUGCUGUGUGAAGCUGUCAGCUGGAGAGCUCCCCCGCCGUUCCACCUCACCAGUCACCCCCCGGGAGAGAGGUACCUGUGUCCGGAGUCCCACGCCGCAAGAAAGUAACAACCAAUGACAACACAGUAAACCACGUGCAUAUGAAUGACAGUAAUAAACCUACAGCAUCUUACCCGCUAUCGGGUUGAGCUUUGUCACCUCGAGCGCUGUACUUAUCUUAUCCCUUGCUGACAUUGUUAACAUUUCUUGCUAUUGAGAUUGAUGCGUCCAGUGUGAUAUAUAUACAUGCGCACUAAUAACAUAUCAGCUGUAAGGAUUUACCUUGCUGGGAAAUACUCCACGGCCGUUUACCUGUCAACUGCCCCGUGUGUUCAUGAAGCCUUAUGAGGCAGAGACUGAACAUACCACACCAUGCUAGUCUUCGGACGGGACUGGAAGAUUGGGACUCAUACUUUCAUUAUUCUGACAGCUGUCUUGGAAAUUGUCUGUAAGGACUUUCCCUCUCGCUACACUGGAGAAAGGAUGAUGUCUAUCCCAGUUGACCCCAACCACCGCAGUCAGUGUUGUAAAAAGUUCCCAACCGCUUCAAAUGAAAACCCUUUCAGUGCGCAUGAUGACAAGGAGCUCAUACUAGGAUACUGGGAGAAAUUCCCUUGCCCACCGCCGUGGGCGCAAGGAAAGCUGUUGGAAAAAGUGAACUGGAGUUGUAUUGGACCUCAUUGGCGGGACGUAAAAUUUCACUUGGCACGACGGUGCAACAUUGACAUUCCCGGUGCUAACCUGGUCAAGGCUACAGUGCUUUCCUCCCUCAGCUGUGGCCAUUCUUGUAAACUGGUGAUCGUCUGUAUAUGUUGUUCUGCUGUGGGUGUGGCAGUUAUUGUCCUAGCCUGUGUUCUAUACAAAUUGAAGCAGUCCAGGGCUGUUCAGUUUGAGUUCUGGGCCUUCCUUCGCAGAAAACAGCCCGAGAUCUAUAGCGUAACGGGCAGUCCUACUCACCAGACAGCUCUUAAUGCCACGUCUAACAAACUCUACAGCGAGCAGGUGGAACAAGAAACUAAAUUACAGCAACCUCCAUGUCAAGAGCGCAUGAGUCGCACUAUGUGUCGAUCCCGAGACAGUCUGGGUAUGCUCCAUAACCACUAUGCUAGCGAGGACAGUAUGCGAGCUGCCAAUGGCGGGCCAUACUCCUGCGGGCCAUAUGGAGCUAGGGAGGAGAACGGACUGUACAAAAAGCAACGCCCAUCCACGCCGGACAUAUUCUUGCACGUCAGUCCCACACGGUCGAGUUACGAGAAGCUCUCCGAAGAGGACACGCCCUCCCCUUGUAGCACUGAUGACCCUCCCAUUUAUGAGUACAUUGACAAUGAGGUCUACCCUCCCCGAGUGAUUGCGCCAAGCCCUCGCAGGGGGCAUAACUCUGUUCCGUCACAGCGGCCAAGGGAGAUAAUCUCUGCGUAUGAGAUCCCGAUAUGUAGACCCAGGGGUCAUACUGACCCCCACAGAUCACAUUCCUACGGAGGCAUUCUGGUGCCCCCUCCCCCAGCUCCACCUCCUCCCCCGAUUAGGAUGGCUGAGAGCUGGACACAGACUUUAGGGGCCCCGGAACUGUUUGACAUGGAGGAGAUGGACAGACGGCCACACCACAUACGACCCCCUCACCGGACACGCCGCGGAAAGCGGAGACGACAAACCAGUUCCAGUUUCUCAGAGACAGAGAGUGAUACAACUUCGAGCAGUCUUAACCAGUGAUAGCAGUUCUCAAAGUGUCUUGUUUACCUAUUGACCAUUUGUUGAAACUCUCAUGAAAAAACUCUCCUCUUUGCAAAUUUUAAUUGUCUUUUUUGAUACCACAGCAACUGCCAUGAAGUUUUUGCAACAAAUGGUUAUUCAGUGAUAUCACGCAAUCUGGCCCUCAGAUACAACUUUCCUUUUUACUAAGCCCACUUCAGCAAUACUUGGUGAAUCAGUUUUCAUAAUUUUUCACUUAUGAAAAUUGCAUUUGUGAAGAUUUUUAAAUCUUCCCUAAACUGUCCCAGAAGUUUCAUCACAAGGAUGCUACUAGAUAUCGCUGAAUAACCAUAUGUAGCAGUGUUGCAACGUACAGGCAUGUAGCAUGUAUGAUAUGUGAUAUCACUGACUGGUGAUAUCAUUGAAUAUGAUGCAAUGUUGCCACAAGCAUUUGGUUUGUGAUAUCUCUCUUGAAUCUUGCUGUGUGAUAGAAUAUCGCAGUGCCUUUCAAUUUUGCUAUCACAUUUCUGUUAUCUUUAUGGGAUCAUGACGCAUUAUGGGGAUACAUGAAGAAAUCAUUUUACAUGUAAUAUUUACUUUCAAAGAUGAUUGUUUUUUGUGUUAUGUUUUCGGUGUUAUGUUUCGCCACUCAGUGGUUCUCAGUAAACCCAUGCAUAGGCCUAUGUAUCUGUUUGCUGUCAUAUUUUGGAAAGCUGUGUGUGUGUUGAUGAACAAUAUGACAUUACCGGUACCUGACCUGUUUCUCAAAUUUUUAAGAUAGUAUACUGAUGUAGCUUACGGGAAUUAAAGAAGAAAUAUUCAGAAACAUUUGCUCCCUUAUUUAAUUCAGAAAACUACUUAUGUGACAGAUAACCAUCCACGUCUAUGGACUUAGACUUAGCCUACUUCAUCAGCAAAAACCUUGAACAACAUUAUUAGAUUUGCUCUCUUUUGUGUGUUGAUUGGCAUAAAAGAAAGUUAGAAAAUUAAAUAAAAAGUAGUCUUAAUGUCAGGGAAGCCAUGCAAGAGGCUGAUAUAAAUUCCAUGCACAAAUCUUAGUUUUAUACUGUAUAGUAGACAGUUGUUUUAGCAGUCAGAUAUCACAUUGUGUUGAAAUGUUCAGUUACCUUGAUACUUAAGCUUGUCCAGAUUUGUAUGUAUAUCGAAAAGUAGGUCUACCUAUAGCUAUGGAUACAGUAUUGAUUAAGCAGGAAGUAUUUGUGUGCUUUAUCAUGUUAACAAUCAACAUUAAGAAAAAACUUAACUUUUUGAGGCAUUCUAGAAUAAUUAUACAUCCAGAUUAAUCCAUGAACUGCUUAUUUAUUUAUUUUAUUUUAUUGGUGUUUUACGCCGUACUCAAGAAUAUUUCACUUGUACGACGGCGGCCAGCAUUAUGGUGGGUGGAAACCGGGCAGAGCCUGGGGGAAACCCACAACCAGCCGCAGGUUACUGACAGACCUUCCCACGUACGGCCGGAGAGGAAGCCAGCAUGAGCUGGACUUGAACUCACCACCAUGAACUACUUGAUACCAUAUUUAACAAAGUACAAGCUUUCCUCAGCUUAUAUGAGGCAAUUUAGGCGUAAACAUAUAUAUA